CAAUAAGGUACAAAGGAAUUUCGGCUCGAGCGACGUGGAGCACUCUACAAUGCCUUCAAACUUGCCCAACCUAAGGCGAUUGUUUGUUGAAGCACGAACAGAAGCAGAAGAAAGUGCAUAUUCUCGAAAUGCUUUCUACAAUCUGGUCCUAUUCAUGUCGUCCAUAGCAAUCUUCAGUUUGGCAGCUCAAAGGAUGAACAGCCAGCGAUGAGAUCGAACUCCAAGCGAGGGCAACUUCUCCUCGGUAGGAGGUAGCAGGAGACUCCAGUUAGAGAUGCUUGAGUGGCGAAGACUGAGCAUGCCCAGGGCGAAUGAUUAUGCUUUCAAUCGCACGCGAGCGUGAGGGCAUUUCAGCAAUUAUCGGCAGUAUCUCCAACAGCUUAGUCAAAUGACCCAGGUGUACGACAAGUCAUGCACAACGAGCUUCUUCUGGCCACCUAGCCGCUAUGAUCGAGCGCCAGCCAGCUCGAGUGAGCUGCCCAGUUCCAUCACCACAGGUCCUCAAUACCG